AUGUCUCGUGAAAAUGAAAAAGACAUUGCCGUCAUUGGCAUGUCAUGUCGUGUAGCUGGUGCCAAUUCUCCAUCUGACUUGUGGGAUCUUCUGGCCUCCUCAAGAGAUGUCCAAAGCAAGAUCACUCGCUUCAACAGUGAAGGCUUCUAUCAUCCGGACGGCGGUCCACGCAAAGGCCUCACCAACGUCAACAAAGCCUACAUGCUUGACGAUAACAUCAUCGACAAAUUUGACAACGCUUUCUUCUACAUUACCCCAUUGGAAGCCGUCGCGAUGGACCCUCAACAACGCAUGCUUCUGGAAAUUGCCUACGAAGCUAUCGAGAAUGCUGGAAUACCUCUGGAUGAUUUUGCUGGAACGGACACAGCAGUCUUCGCAGGAAUGGAAGGCUGCGAAUACCAUACGAUCGCCGCCCGCGAUCUCGAUGCCACUCCUCGAUACCUUGCUACUGGCACCCCAAUCUGCAUGGCAGCCAAUCGAAUCAGCUACUUCUUCGAUCUAUCUGGUCCUAGUAUGUCCGUUGACACGGCAUGUUCAUCUGCUAUGGCAGCAUUACACCAAGCCGUGCGUACCUUGCAGCAUGGCGAUUCGAAAAUGGCCGUCGUUUGCGGCGCCAAGCUCAUCCUCAGCCCAGAUAUGUUCAUGCCUUCCUCAGAGCUAGGCUUUCUUAGCCCAACUGGCAGAUGUCAUACUUUUGACGCUGCAGCCGAUGGCUAUGGUCGAGGAGAGGGAGUCAUAGCGCUUCUCUUGAAACCCUUGAAAAAGGCGCUGGCAGACCGAGACCCCAUCCGCGCUGUCAUCAAGGGGACACGAUUGAAUCAAGAUGGCAAGACACAAGGAAUUACAUUGCCAUCAGCUGACGCUCAGAAAUGUAACAUGCAAGCCCUCUAUAAGGAAUUAAGCAUCUCUCCAGCCGAUAUUCAAUAUUUAGAGGCUCAUGGCACUGGAACAGUAGCGGGCGACCCCCUGGAAUUCUCGGCCAUCAACUCAGUAUUUGGACAAUCUCGCGGAGCCGUUGAUCCUCUGGUGGUGGGCUCGGUCAAGAGCAAUAUAGGGCACCUCGAAGCAUGCUCGGCGCUUGGAUCCGUUAUGAAAGUCGCUCAGUGUCUUGAAAGAGCCCAAAUACCGCCUCAGAUGAACUUCAGAGUCCCCAAUCCGAAUAUCGAUUUUCAGAACGUCACAAUACCAAACCAAAUGACCUCUUGGCCAACAUCGAACGAUGGCAGUCGGAGAGCAGCUGUCAACACAUUCGGAGCAGGGGGCACAAAUGGCCAUGCUGUUCUAGAGGCAUACACAGGAUGGCUAUCUCAGUCACCCACCUCCGAGAAGAAACCAUACUUGUUCAAAGUCUCCGCCGCGGAUGAUAUGUCUCUCAAGCAGAUUUCAUUGAGAUUUGCAGAGUACGUGAAGGUUUCUAAGCCAGUACUUCGUGACCUUGCACACACCAUGCUUGAUCGCAGGUCGACGCUUAGGAAAUCGGUUUUCUUCACAGCAAGCAGUCAUAAAGAAGUGGUUGCGGCUUUGUGUGCAGAUGGCCACAGUGUUCAUGCGAAGCCGAAAGAAGCUAACAAAGGGCUCGUUUUCCUGUUUACGGGUCAAGGUGCUCAAUGGGCACAGAUGGGGAUGUCCUUAAUGGACGAUUGCCCCCUCUUCGGAUCCAUGCUACGUGAAUGUGACCGCUUACUAUCAGAGCUACCUGAUCCUCCGGCUUGGACAAUCAUAGAAGAACUCUCCAAGGCCAAGGAAACCUCGAAUGUCGACAAGGCGGAAUUUUCUCAGCCGCUCUGCACCGCGCUCCAGCUGGGCCUGGUGGCAGUGCUAGAAUCUUGGGGUGUGGCUCCAGAUGCGGUGGUGGGGCAUUCUUCUGGGGAGAUCUGUGCAGCGUAUGCUGCCGGUAUACUUUCGUUGCGAGAUGCGAUGGCAAUCUCCUACUAUCGCGGUCUCGUACUGGGCUGCCACCCAGCCCAGAAGCCUGAAGGCUCCAUGUGCGCUGUUGGGCUGAACGAAGACAGCGCAAAGGCUCUGAUCGAAGAUUUGGGCGGCAAUGUUCAGAUUGCAGCAAUAAACUCGCCAAAUAGUUGUACGCUUUCAGGUGACGCUGCUGCCAUCAAGGGAAUAGUGAAGCAGCUUAUCGAGGAAAAGCGAUUUUGUCGGGAGCUGAAGGUUGAUCAAGCCUACCACUCGCAUCAUAUGUUCCCAUUGGCCCCGAAAUAUGAAAAUAAGCUCGUGCGGGCUAAGAUAACACCUCUACGUGACAACGCAAAAUGUGCCAUGUACUCCUCUGUCUAUGGUCGCAGAAUGGAUGCCUCAGAAUACACACCAUCAUACUGGAAGCAGAACAUGAUAUCAACAGUCACAUUCCAGGCAGCAUUGGAAGAGUGCAUGAACGGUCACCCAGACGCAGCUGCGAUUAUUGAGAUUGGGCCUCACUCGGCAUUGAAGGGACCAGCGCAAGAGAUCCUCCAUGCCUUGGGCAAACCCCAUCUACCAGUGGAACCAUUCACAAAGUUUCUGGGCAGAAUCGAGGAUGACAUUCCGAACCGACCAAGUUGGCGGAAUCGGCUUAUGCUGAAGGAGAUUAUAUGGCUUCAAGAGCUCAUGGCUGAAGGACUUACCGAGAUACCCGCCGCCGCGUACCUUCUUAUGGCUUUGGAGGCUGCUCGUCAGCUCUCCGGCAAUAAAAGCUCUGAUGCUUACUCACUUUGCGUGUCCAACGUCCAUUUCGAGCAACCUUUACUACUCUCUACCUUUUCUGAUGCUCAUUCUGGUCUGGAAAUCCAACUGAUUGCUAGGAAAACGGACGGCACCGACAAAAUUGCAUUUGAGAUCUUCUCUCAGCCUUCAGCAGACGAAGGCUCAUGGACCAGGCAUUGUUAUGGCAAUUUCGAGACGCAAGCGAUUGCAGAGUCGCCUGUCCUCAAUCUCCCAAAGCUCCUUCAUGACCAAUCAUUGUUAGACAAGGCGCGAACACUGAAGCUUAGUGUGGGAGUGGGUGUAAGCAGCCUCAAGCUGAGCCUGGAAGGCUCAUCUGGAGAGUUCGAACGCGAUACAGACGAUAUGGACACCUACGCUGUCCAUCCCUCAAUUUUGAAUUCUAUCCUGGAAUUACCUCCAGUGUCGUUGAUGGGCCAGAAUCUUCCAGCUGAGCACCGCCUAUCUUCGGUCGCUUCAAUCACGGUGUCGAUCCUUCGGCUUGGGUCGGACUACGGGCGCUUUACUACUCGUAUCAAGCCCUCAGAGUUCUACAACGUAGAAAGCGAUAUUCAGAUCAGCCAAUGCGACAGAAUAAUCUCGUUAAAAGGCCUAAAUCACCAAGCUACGAAGUUGAUUCACCAGAAGCCAGCGCUGAACUCGUUAUUCUUCAAGCCAGUCCUGCUUCCCGAUGUUACAAGGCUAUCGGUAGCGGCGCCCAUGAGUAUCUCACGAUGUGCCGAACUUUUGACCUACAAGUGGCCCAUGUGCGACAUCAAGAUUAAUGGCGUCCCUGAGCGCUGUACCUUAUCUAUCCUGAAAGCCUUUGGUGCGGCUGGUGGCCAAGCAAGAUCUUACUUUCGAUCCAUAGAAUGCUCCUCAAUUCCACCAGGUGUUGUCUCAGAUCGCAUACAGCUGGUCGAUGGCUCUGACAUGACCAGCAAAUAUCACAUGGUCAUCACACAUAACAACCCUCCAGCAGGGCUGCUGAGUGAACAUUUGCUUUCUGGAGGCUUUUUGUGCAUUCCAAAAGCCCAUCUCGAGGUUUUAGAAUGCAAAACCAAUACAUCAUUUGAGUUUGUCUGCGAUAUUAGUGGCUUGGGCUCAGACUCAUGGGCGCUUCUCCGUAAAAUCACUGAUCCGAAUGCGGUGUCCGCCGGUCGAAGAGCCGUGUUGUUCACCAAUCAGGGUGGACUGCCCUUUCGCAAUGCUCUCGGGAAAUUGGAGUCUAUUCCGCUCGAACCUGCGCCAGUGAGGCAUUUUUGCAAGCGAAACAGCUUUGCGAGAUUCGAUGCCAUAGUUAUUGACUUUCUGGGAAAGUCAGCCAUUACCACAUGGACCGGGAGCGUACUCAUGCCGUGGGUGCAAACUCUACUGAAGUCCGCUGAUAGCAUCCUUUGGGUCACACGAAACAGCCAUGAAAGCCCGUAUGCCAAGGUUGCGGGCAGUCUACUACGCACGCUGCAAUCAGAGCAGCCUUCUCUCAGGAUCUCAUGGCUCCUAACAGAUGAGACGGUAAACAAGAAUCUAGACACUUUUGCAUCGCAGGUCGAACAAGCGUUUGUGCGUAUGAUCGAAGGUGAAAAUGAGCUUGUGACGAAGACUGGAGGAUUGGGACUAAAGAUCUUGCGGUACUUACCUGAUGAUGAUCUCUCAGUCGAUACUGGUCUGAGCCUCCCUCGACAAGUGCGAAGCCCAUUAGGCGAGGCAGAUUACUCGCUUGGUUUUGCAGUACCCGGGGAGCCCGUCAUCCUGUCUUAUAAAGAUAGCGCUAUGCAGUCAUUGAGCGGCGAUACCACCGAGGUGCUUGUUGAAGCAUCGGCAGUAGGCAUUGAUGAUCUACACAUGUUCAGCGGUAGAACUAACAUUCAAGUCCCUCGGUCUCGGCCUGGAUUGUUCUUCGCUGGAAGGGUACUCAACAGCCAAGAUUCAGAGUUUCCACCUGGAUCUCGCGUAGUUGGCUGGCACCACGAUCAUACCCAUCGUAAGAAAUUAAGCGUUCAAUCUUACGAUGUCUGCCGGUAUCCAAGCUCAACGCAGCCAUCACAUGCUGCCUCAAGGUAUUCAGCCAUAGCAGUUGCGUGCUGUAUUGUCGAUGGGGCUGCAAGAGCUCGUCAAGGCGAGACCUUCCAAAUCAACGUCCAAGGGUCGCUCCUGAACGCCGUCGAGCAAAUUUGCAGGCGUUUGGGAGCACUUGUGCCAAGUUCAUGCACCCGGUCGAAAGCCGAUUUUGUUGUCACUUUCAAAUGCCCCGAAGGUAUCCGCGUCAACGACAGGCCAAUCGAGGUCGCCAGCUACCUGCAGUCAGAUCAUGGCAGAGCAAUGGUACAGCGAAGUUGGCAAGAGUUGGCCAACCUACCGUUGCAAAUUGAUGAGUACGAAGUUGCAGACUACAAAGAGGCAUUUAACAACGCAAAGCACCCGUAUUCCACCGUCCUCCUCCAUCGCAACACAGCAAAAAUCGUAAAGCAUGUACCUAUGUACAGGGAGGCGGCGCACAUGUUCAUGGAUCAUGCUAACUAUAUAGUGAUUGGCGGACUAGGGGGCCUUGGCCGCUUUAUCUGCUCAUGGAUGAUCGAAAACGGAGCCAAGCACAUAACAACCAUAUCGAGGAGCGGGGCAGACACUCUGGAAGCAAGAAAUGCCGUAUCUGCUAUGAAUGCCUCUGGUGCAUUCAUUCAAUGCGUCAAAGCAGAUGCCUGUGAUCGCAAAGCGAUCUCCAAGAUUUUCUCCAAAUUGCGUAGCAAAUGCCCCAUCAAAGGCGUCAUUAACCUGGCCAUGGUUCUUGGAGACGCACCAAUGGCUUCCAUGACUGCCGAGGAGUGGGAUCGCGGCCUGCGUGUUAAGAUUGACUCUAGCUGGAUUUUGCAUGAAGAGACAUUGCAGGAUCCGUUGGAAUUCUUCAUCUUGUUCUCAUCCAUCGCGAGUGUGCUCGGUAAUAGGAGUCAGGGCAACUACAACGUAGCUAAUACAUUCUUGAAUGCAUUGGCGGAAUACCGGCAAUCGUUGGAUCUUCCUGGGAUCUCUGUGGCUUUGGGGGCUGUGACCGACAUGGGCGUCCUCUACACCCUUUCCAAACCAGACAUGCUGCAGAUCCUGAGCCGCAGUGGGCUAACUUACCUUACAAAGUAUCAUCUCGCUAAGAUCAUGGAGGCCGCAAUACUCGAAUCCCCACGCAGGGAUCGCUCUCUGGUACUCACUGGGUUGAAUAUGUUUGAACGUGAAGCAGAUGGAAGCCUUGCCGGUCGCACCGACCCUCUAUUUUGGACCGAUUGGCCUGAAUUUGGGCACUUGCAGCAGUACAAGCUCUCAACAGUUGUAGACGGGACUAAAAUUAGUCAAGCCCCGCUCAAGGACCAAGUCGCCGACAUGCGCCACAAAGGGGAUACGGAACAAAUAAGGGGUGCCGUACGAAACGCCUUCUUGACCUUCUUAUCGCAAUUACUAGGCUUCGGUGUAGACGCCUUUGAUCCUUCACAGGCUUUGAUGAUGUAUGGGAUUGAUAGUCUGAGUGGGGUGUCGUGCCAGUACUGGUUCCACAAAGAGCUUGGAGUCGAUGUGUCCGCUGGCAAGGUCCUGGGAGGAGACUCAAUUGAGAAUAUCGUCGGUGGUGUAUUCCAGAAACUGACCUCAGAUCUGUGA